ACCCAGGAAAAACGCAUUAAGACUCAUGACACUAGGUCAAAAUCCGUUGACACAGAAGAUAAUAUGAACAUUGCUCAAAUGAGCUCAACGUCUCAACUAAACUUAGAACAGGGACGGGAACAGAUCUUCUCUGUAGAUGAAGACCCAACAAACACAGGUUCAAGUAACUUCGAUGAAGUAAAAAAUUUGCUGGGAGGCAUGAAGGAAUUUUCUGAAAAAAUUGCAGAAAAUUCUGAAGUUAUGAAUGCUGGAAUGCAGAAUGGCGAUCUAAAUCAGAAUUUGAAUAAAAAUAUGAUAAAUUCAGAAAAAAAGUUAUCAGAAAGUCAGUCAGCUAGAGAGGAAUAUGAAGAAAAUUUUGAACAAAUGACAAAUGAGAUGAUAUCAGACAAUCAGCUUGAUGGAAAAGAACAAGAAACUCAUAACGUAAUACAUAACCUAGAAAGAGAAGAAGAGAAAUUAACUGAUGCUUCAACUACUGAAUCAAUAGAGAAAAGUGAGGCAGAAGAGGUAGAACAAGGGCCUAAGAAAGGUGAUGAAAUGGAAACAAUGAUGGAAAUGAAUGUAACAUCAAAUCAAGUAGCAGAUGAAAAUGGUUUUAUACAGGUUACUGGUAAAAAAAACAGAAAGAAAACCAGUAUUCCAAUAAUAAAUAAAAGACCCUCACCAUAUAGAAAAGAUAAGGAGGUUAAGAGAGACAAGGUUUCAUUGAGCAAAUGA